AUGCACUCGCUGAAGAAGCGGCGCGCGGCGCUCGAGGGCGACGACCUCACCGAGGCCGCGCGCGACGCCGCGAAGCGAGACGCGCUCCGGGCGCUGCGACUCAAGACGGUGAUUCGCGAAAACCACGGCGCGGCGCGGACGACGCGCGUGGAGUUCGCGCGCGGAAGCGCGAGGACGUCGAAUCUGUACGCGACGUGCGGCGGGAGCGCGGUGACGGUGUACGAUGACGCGCACUUCGGCGAUCACACGGCGAUCGUGGCGCAGUACGCGCACGAGACGACGGCGCAUCAGACGGGGGGGGAGAUUACGUGCGUGUGCUUCGCGCGGGGCGAGGACGACGAGAAGGAAAACGAGACGGCGACGACGAGGGGGGGGGGGCACGAGUUCGGGGACGCGAUCGUGACCGCGGGAGAUGAACAUGGGUGGAUAAGUGUGAUUAGCGUGGCGGAAAAUCGCGUGGUGGGGCGAUUGAACGCGCAUCCAGGAUCGCGCGUCGUCGACGCGGACGGCGCGUGCGCGCGAGACGGAUUCGUCGUCUCCGUGGGCGAGGAUGGAUUUUUAAAGGCUUGGGACGUUUUCGGUGGGCCCGACGGCGAGGGAGAGUGCGUAGGGACGUUUGACGUCGGUACGAACGCGCGUUCGGUGGCGUGCGACGCGAACGGCGCGUUCGCCGUCACCGGUCACGCCGACGGCGUCGCGCGAAGGUGGAAUCUCUCGGGCGCCGUCUCGCAAAAGUCCAAGGCGUUACCGCUGGCCACGUUCAAGCCGCGUUUCGCCGUGGAAUGCGUGCGCAUCGUCGACGACGUGUUGUUCGCCAAAACGCGAGACGGGCGAAUCGAGACGUGCGAUUUGAAGCGAAACGAAUCCAUCGCCAGUUGGACGCUGCCGAACGAAAAGUAUCGCGACCACAAGUACACCGGUCCCGCGUGCCGAUUCGGCGUCUCCAGCGACGGCAAGUUCCUCGCGUGCGGUGACGGCACGGAUUCUGGCGUCGUCUACGUCUACGACGCCCGCACAGGCGAAAACAUCGUCGAACUCCAGCCCCUCCGCGUCGUUGGCGUCGUGCACGCCGCCGCCGUCGUCGAUCACUGCCGCCACGUCUUCGCCGCCUACGGUCCCGCCGUCGUCUGGCGUUACGAAGUCAUCAACGUCUCCUCCGACGACGACGCGAUCGCGGGCGACGCUUUCGAGGCCGUGGUCAAGUGA